CCAUGUACGUGGUCUCGGUUCUAGUGAAGUGACAUGGAUAUUUAUCUUGAUGAUCAUCACAUGGAAAUAUUUUGACACUAGUUUUCCGGUUCAAAUUACCCAAUUCGUUGCGAAACAAACAACCUAAUGUACAGUAUUACCCCACAGCCAAGCUAACGACCACUAAAUAACAAGAAAUGGUGUUCCAAUAUGGCCAAAAGUGCACUGAGCAAAUCAAGUCUGGCGCCGAAAAGUGCCUCGGUGAAGCAACCACUUUUGACCAAGUUGUGAACACACAACAAAACACAGCUCGCUGUUUACAAGUCUCUGGAACAGCACUGUUCUUAUUAUCUAUAGCAUUAUGCGUUGCAUUUUUAUGUAGGCACUAUUUAAAGGAUUUCUUAGAAUGGCUUCAGAACCUUGACGAUUGGCAGGGCGUGUUACUCUUUGUUGUCAUGUUCACACUCGUGUCCUUUCCUAUGACUUGGGGUUACAUCGUCCUUAACGUUGCUGCCGGCUAUCUUUACGGUUUUAUCUAUGGCUUAGCUGUGGUGUAUUUAUCUGCUGCUGUUGGAGUUUCAACUGCUUUUGUCGUCUGUCGAAGGUAUAUGCGAGACUGGGUUAGUUCAACGUUGGAGUCGGAAAGUUUUAAAGCCGUUGUUCGUGUUGUCGAAGGCACAAAAGGUUUUAAAGUCAUUGCCUUGACUCGCCUUACUCCGAUUCCUUUUGGCCUUCAAAAUGGCUUAUUUGCGGCAACAAAUGUUAGUCUACCAAAAUAUGUCAUGUCUUCUUUACUGGGUCUUCUUCCUACUCAAGCAUUAAAUGCAUACAUGGGAUCAACAGUUAGAUCACUGGAGGAUGUAGUAUCAGAACAAUCUGGUGGAUAUCUAGUUCUAUUUGCUCAAGUAAUCAUUGGUGUUCUCCUAAUGUCCUAUGUCAUACGACGAGCACGGCGUGAACUUAACAAGACUUGUGAGGAAUUAGAAAAUGAACAAAAACUUAAUGGUCAAGUCAUAACUACAAGUGCUCGUUUUUUGCCUAAGUUUUUAAACAAAAAAGUUCUUAAUUAUGAUAUAGAAGGACAGGCAUAUAAAGAAAAGCCCAAGAACUCAAAGAAUAAGUUCAAGAAAGGACACCGAAAAUCACAUUCUGCAUCAGCAAUUCUUGUUGAGGUGAAUGAAAUGAGUUUAGAUAAUCCAAAAACGCCUUAACAUGUAUUUAAAAGUUUUUUUUAACUAUUAAAAUUGAUAUCAAUACAAGGACAAGAUAGAGUAAGAACAGGUAAAACAAACUCACCACUCAUUGCGUAGUUCCAGAAAUUAUCCAUACCCCCACCCCCAAGAGGAAUUUGGAAUUCCAAGUGGUAGGGGGGUCAGAGAAAGGACAAAAUUACCGAGUUUGUAUGGAAAAAAAUUGGAAUUUCUGGGGGUAGGGGGGUCUGAAAAGAUCCUCCGUAGGGGGUGGUAUGGAUAAAUUCUAGAACUACAGAUUUCAAUAAAGUUUUUUCACUAGCUGGCACCAAAGGUUUUCUUACUUUUUGUAAAAGUGAAGUAGUGAGAAGCAAUGCCCCUUCAGUUCAUUGUUCAAAGUUUGAUUUCCAUCUUGCUUUGAAGCUUGCAUUUAUGAAGCCAACGAUGCCAAUUUAAAUUCUGGGCUCAGAUUAAAAGUUUACUUACUGUAGUUCUUCACAGAUUCAUGCAAAGCUAAGAUUAUUGUAGCUUCCAUCUUAAAGUUAUUUGUUUGGUGUGAUGUCUUGUUCAAAAAAUCCUUUCAUGAAUGACAAUGUAUAUUUUGAUGUUUUGAGGUAACGCCGGUAUUGAAAUCUACAAUCUUUGUUAGUUUCAUCAGCGCAAGCUUCAAAACGAGAUGGAAAUCAAAUUUUGGGUAAUGAACUGAAUCUUUGAACCUUGAUAGAAACACACGAGCUGCUGGUUUGACUGUAACAGGUCCAAGCCUGGUCCACCUUAUCACUAGGACAUUUGAUAAAGAUGUGUAAUAUUAGUCCAAUCCAACUUGUGAUCUAUCAUCAAUGCUGCAUUCUGAUUGGUGGGCGUCAAAUCAAGGCAUUUCCAUAAUAUUCUAUAGGCACCGUCACAAUCCCUCGAAAAUUGUGUUAGCCGACAAUACUAUAGAAACACAUCGAUUGACCCCCAUCAAAACUCUAUAACAGAUAAUUGUACUAUUUCGUGUGUGAAUGAGAACCGCUGUAUUAUAAGGCAUUAAUUUUGUAUAUAUUUAACUUCACAUACUUUUAGUUUGGGUUACCUGUUGACAUGCUCUAUCACUUGUGAAUCAAAUAUUUCACCCCAUAUUAGGGGUGGGUUUAGGGAAAUAUUUAAUCAACUCCAAUACCCUCUUUUAUGAGGGAUCCUCUUUGAAAAAAUAAACAUUGCAAUACCUGA